UCUUCCAUUACCAUGUGGUCUUGAUUUAAAUUCAUGUAACCACAGUUUUCUACUUCUGGUCCAUAGUAAAUCACAAUAAAUUCAAGGAGUAAUACAGAUACUUAAUUCAAGGAUUCUUUGAAGUAAUUUGUGAGGUGAAUGAGAACAGAUAUUAUUAGUAACACUAUUUUACAGGUUAGUAUUAAAUCCCCUUCAUGGCCCCUUUCGUCCCUUUGCACUAGUCCACAAACAAGGCACUCCAUGGAGACUGUUCACCCGUAUGACUGGGCCAUCAGCUUAGAAAGAUGGGCACUCCAAGAGCUGGGGAAGAAGUCUUCUCAGAGUUGCACUGUGACCACUUAGGUUUUGCCUUCUUUCUCCCAGGUGGUGAGCAAUGGGUGACUGGAGUUUUCUGGGGAACAUCUUGGAGGAGGUGAACGAGCACUCCACGGUCAUUGGCAGAGUUUGGCUCACGGUCCUUUUCAUCUUCCGCAUCCUCAUCCUUGGCACGGCAGCAGAGUUUGUGUGGGGUGAUGAGCAGUCUGAUUUCGUAUGCAACACCCAGCAGCCAGGUUGCGAGAAUGUCUGCUACGACGAGGCUUUUCCCAUCUCUCACAUCCGCCUCUGGGUCCUGCAGAUCAUCUUCGUCUCCACUCCAUCGCUGAUGUACGUGGGGCACGCGGUACAUCACGUCCGCAUGGAGGAGAAGCGAAAGGACCGCGAAGCUGAGGAGCUGUGUCAGCAAUCCCGUAGCAACGGGGGUGAGAGGGUACCAAUCGCCCCGGACCAGGCCAGCAUCAGGAAGAGCAGCAACAGUAGCAAAGGCACCAAGAAGUUCCGGCUGGAGGGCACACUGCUAAGGACCUAUGUCUGCCACAUCAUCUUCAAGACCCUCUUUGAGGUGGGCUUCAUCGUGGGCCACUACUUCCUGUAUGGUUUCCGCAUUCUGCCCCUCUAUCGCUGCAGCCGGUGGCCCUGCCCCAAUGUGGUGGACUGCUUUGUGUCCCGGCCUACUGAGAAAACCAUCUUCAUCCUGUUCAUGCUGUCCGUCGCGUUUGUGUCCCUCUUCCUCAACAUCAUGGAGAUGAGCCACCUGGGCAUGAAGAGAAUCCGAUCUGCCUUCAAGAGGCCCGUAGAGCAGCCACUGGGGGAGAUCCCCGAGAAGUCCCUCCACUCCAUUGCGGUUUCCUCCAUCCAGAAAGCCAAGGGCUACCAGCUCCUGGAAGAAGAGAAGAUCGUGUCCCACUAUUUCCCCUUGACUGAGGUUGGAAUGGUGGAGACCAGCCCACUUUCAGCUAAGACUUUUGGUCAGUUUGAGGAGAAGAUCGGCACAGGACCCCUGACAGAUAUGUCACGGGGUUACCAAGAAACCCUGCCUUCUUAUGCUCAGGUGGGGGCCCCGGAAGUAGAGGGGGAAGAGCAGCCUGUAGAGGAGGCCGUGGAAGCAGAAGCAGAGAAGGCAACCCCAGCAGGGCAGGAGAGGGUCACAGUGCCAGAUGGGGAGAAAGCAGAGACCCCCGAAGUAGGGAAGGACGGGGAGAAAGAAGAACUUCAAGUUGAAAAGGUAACCAAGCAGGGUCUGUCUGCUGAGAAGGCCCCUGCGCUCUGUCCGGAGCUGACGACCGAUGACAACAGGCCCCUGAGCAGGCUGAGCAAAGCCAGCAGCAGGGCCAGGUCAGACGAUCUCACCAUAUGAAGUGGUGCAGAAGACAGACAUCCCACCUCCUGCUAAUGCUGACCAAGAUAAAAUCAGCUGGUGCCAAUAUACUUGGAGCCCUUGGUGUCCUUUGAGCCACCCCCACCCCUAGUUGGAUAGAUGCUGUCUUAGAACAGAGCAAGCUGUACGACUGAAAGACCGCCAUUUGUACGGGCUACCGAGGUAAACCCCCUGUCCUAGCCAAGUUCCCGGUUUCACACGCCUGCCCUGUCUUCUAGCCCAACCACUAUGGGGGGGGGGGCUUUACUUUCCCCCUUUUUCCCCCAUGGAAAACCAUCAGGUCACAUUUGUAGUUACCUUGUAACCUUUCACUAGGCUUGUCUCAAGCUUGCUGAAUCAGUCAGACCCUGAACCCAGCACUUCCCUAGCAGAAGUCACUGAUCUUACAUGAGUGAUC